GGGACUGAGAUUUCCAAAACGCUGGAGAACAUUUACAGCGCAUUGGCUGGAUCGCUUCAAAGCCUCCUGGUGCCACAGGGUCAACCGGUUGAGUUUAAUGUCGACGACGUGGGUGCCAUGUGCUACUUCCGCGUGCAGACGAGCGCUGUUGCCAUGGCGAAGCUCCCCUGUGGCGCGACAGACAUUUCGAUACCCGACUUGACUGGCCAACUGCUGCCCUACGAGGAUGUUGUCGUCAUGGCAAGCUCUUUUCGUUUACUUGCAUUGCUGCAUCGGUCAUUUUGGAUGUUCUGCCACCGCCGCCGCCGUCGCCACCAAGCUACUCCAACCAAUGGUGGUUGGCCUGACGAGUCGCCGGACGUGCUGUACCCUCAAUUGCCCGCACCGCAAAAGGCCGUCGACGGGUCAUUGAUCUACCAGGUUUUGAUAAUGUACAAAUACGUCAUCGAUCGUGACGAAACCAACUUCGUAUUUCAAAUGAAACCCAAAGACAUGACUGCUUGUCCGCAGUAUCUAGUCGUUGCCAGGCAUAUUUAUCCCCCGAUUCUGGAAUUCCCGGACAAAAAUGGACCGUUCUUCUGGGCCAUGGUUCCCUCCUCUACGCUGAAAUGCAACCCGAAUUCAACGGCAGAGGAGCUGCAGCGCAUCUACAGACUCUUUAUAGACUCAAAGACAUUCAGCAAGUUCAAGGCAGACGCCGUAGAGCGGUCAAAGAAUGAACGUUUGAGAAUUGACGAAGUUAACACCUUUUACAUUGGCUACCGUCAGCUGACCCUCGGCGAGUUGAAUCAGUACGACGGGGACACAUCACCCCCAGUGCCUUAUCGAUUUACAGACCAAAUCAAUGUGACAGCCGCCGUGACUGCUGCCUUGCCUGCAUGUCUCUACUUCACAGUGGGUGAUGCCGAAUGGGCAAACACGACUUGCACGGUUCUGCCUUCAUCGACUCCGGAGGAGACGCUUUGCGAAUGCAAUCACCUGACGUCAUUCGCCACCCAGUGGAAGUUCCUGACGAACGAGAUGGACUUCACCUACGCCUUUUCCAAGACCGAUUUCCAACGCGACUUCACUGUCUGCGCAACUCAACUGUUCCUUAUCAUCGUCUUCCUUGCAGCCUUCAUUUGGGCCGCGAGAAAAGAUGCUGCAGAAUGUGAGAAGGCGAGUUGCCUGUCUUUUCACUCACAAGACGAGUACUUCUACGAGGUAGCGGUCGCCACCGGGUCGCAGCCAUUCGCCGGCACCAAAUCCACCGUGUGCUUCCAGUUGUCUGGUGACCGUGGCAACACUAUGCCUCGAAUUCUCGUGGGCGGCGGCUGCGGCGGCGGCGACGGUAAUCACGAGGGCUUCCAAGCCCGCCACGUGAACAGAUUCCUCUUAGCGACGAGCAGGCAUAGAAGUGUUCUCCUUUGUUGGAUCAGUUCUUUAGGCAAGCUGACGGCAAUUCGGUUGUGGCACAACAAUCGCGGCAAGGGCAACCAGGCGUCGUGGUUUUGCGAGCGCGUCUCUGUCGACGAUCUUCAAACCAACGAGCGAUCCCUCUUCACAGUCAAUAAGUGGUUCGGUGUGGACGAGGACGAUGGAAGUGUGAGUUGUUAUUGGCAAUUUAUCGUGUUUGAUCGAAAAUCCCUGCAGCUCGAUCGUGUAAUCCCGGCAGCCGGGAACCCCAACCAUCUGAAAUGCGGUUAUCGCUUUAAGAAGAGAUUUCGCAAGGAUUUGUACAACAAUCACCUGUGGCUCUCCGUGACGCUUCGAGGUGUUCCGAGUAACUUCUCAAGUGUGGAACGAUUGGGCUGCUGUCUGCUCUUCUUGCACUUCGUCAUGCUGAUCUCGUGUCUGUUUUACCGCAGCGAUGGACCGUUUACUUUGAAAAAUCGGAUGGAUCUUACAAGGUCCAUCGCAAGCAUCCGUGUAAUUAGGGCUCUAAUUGUGCAAACGCUGCUCUCGGCAUUGGCCGUUGGUUGUGUGGAAAUUUGUUUCCGCAAAGUACGACCUCGCCUGGGCCACGCGUUCUUUGUUCGAUCCGCGGUGGAGGAAUUCCUGGAUGAGGAUCUGGAUGAGAUCCAGCAAGCCUCGAGUGGAGAUGGGUGUAUAGAGGGCACUGGUGAUGGCCCUCCGGUAUCCGAGGAGGCUGUCGGAACAACGUCCUCCGUAAAAACCGAGGACACCUCCGACUGGAAGAAGUUCUCAUGUCGUGUUCUGAGCCAGUGGACAUUCCCCUGCAAAAUGCGCAUCGUCAUUUGGAUUUUCGUAGUCGCCUGUAUCUUCACCGCAGCCACGGUUACAGCCAUGUGGGGAUUGGCUCUUAACGCGGAGGCGUGUUCUCAUUGGCUGGCAACUCUUGUUGGCUCAUUCGCCAUUGACUUUUUAAUUUUGCAACCAAUCAAAGUACGUCGAUUUGUGUGUGUACACUUACUGAUGCGACUCUCGUUGUCGACGUGUCGACGUGUCAACGUGCACAUUGUAAUUCUAAUUGCGGUGUGGAAUUCCUUGAGGUGUGAUGUCGAUUGCUGCGAAACGACAAUUGGUCGAACCGCAGAAGGCGUUGCUCUGGUCAGUGCUCUUAAACACCGGUAUCAACUGAAACAUGGGCAGGAACGCAAGCACAAGGAAGAAGCAACAACCCUCGUGUCUCCACGGGCAUUCCUAAUCAAGCCGCCGGAUGAAGUGGCGAUCGCUGUGGCGCGUGCACAUCGCGCCAAACGGAAGCGCCUGCUCCGCGUCGUGUGCGAGUUCGCCCUCCUCUUUGCCUUCCUCACUUCGAUCCUCAUCGUGGCUGUCCACGUGCAUGCUGACGGCGGCGACGCCAUCAAGACUAGCCUGAAGGCGCACUUCGUUAAUUGGGCUUUUUUCGACAUAACAUCUGUGGACGAUGUGUGGGAUUGGAUAGAGAGGGACUUUAUUCGUUCGCUUCACGCUGGAAAGUGGUAUAACGGAGACCCGCCGGUUGGGCAAUUUGGUUUUCUUAAUGAUCGUGCCAACCGCAUUAUGGGCUAUGCAACGAUGCGUCAAAUUCGAGUAAAACCGGGGUUAUGCAGUGUGCCUCUUGAAUUGAAAGCCACCACACCACGAUGCUUUGGCCAGUACUCAAGGUCAAGGAGGGACAUGUCGUGGCAUCCUAUUGGUUGGGGCUGGUCCGAUCAAACCCAACUUGAUGCAACUGAAUACCAGAAACUUGAAUAUGCCUUCAACUAUACGGCAGAGGACACGCUCAACUCCCUGGUGUACCAGGGGAGAAUCAAUGCCUACGAUGGAGGUGGCUACCUCUACAAAUUUAUCGGAGAUGAUAAAACGUUAAUCAGUGAUAUCAGAAGUCUUCGAUCACUCAAGUGGAUCGAUGCGUUGACGAGGGCCGUGCUAAUCGAAAUUGCCGUCUACAAUCCAGCCUCGCAAUUGUUUGCGGAAGUGCUCAUUGCGUUCGAGCUGCCCGGGAAUAGAGCUGUCACGCCGUCGUGCGAGGUGCAGAUAGCAAAUCUGAUGGCAUUCCAGGUCACUGGGGUGAAUGUUAUUCUUCAGCUGUGGAAAGUGAGACAUUUUUGUAGUGCCUACUUGCUCCUCCUCCUCCUCCUCCUUAUAGUCUCAAUAGUACUGCUUACUCAUCUCACUGUCACAACUAUCAACAGUGCGUAUAAAAAUGGUUGGUCGUAUUUCCUGUCGGUGAGAACUUGGGUUAAGGUGAUCGUAAUCGUCGGUUCCAUUGCGGCGGCCGCCGUCUUCACCUUCAUCGUCAUGGAGACGAAGGAAUUGACCAAGGUGUUCUACCGAUCCAAUGGGAACGGCUACACCAACUUGCAGUACGUAAUGCGCCUCAGUCGGGUCCUCGACUUCCUCCUGGCCGGUGUCGUGUUCUUCGCGAACCUCCUCGUCAUGGACGUCUUUCGCUUCCACCGCACCAUUGGCCUUCUCUUCCGGGUCCUGAACUACGCCAGCCUCGAUUUGAAGAUCUUCUUCUCCAUCUUCUCCAUCGUCUUCAGCGCCUUCGCGAUCUCGUUUUUCCUCCUAUCGAGGUUCACCGUGGAGGACUUCAAGAACCUCCUAAUCUCUGCCGAAACCAACCUCCAGCUUGUGCUGGGUGCAUUCGACUUCAGUGAACUCUACGACCGGGAACCGGUGAUUGGCAGAAUAUUCUUCUUCUUCUUCACCGUCUUCAUGAUUUUCAUCAUGACCAGCAUGUUCGUUGCCUUGCUAAAUGAAAGUCUAGAUGGUGUUCGAGGUCGCCAGGCACCCGAUGGAGGCAAUGCAGGUGGCGGCAGCGGCGGCGACGACGACGAGGAGCUGAUGGGGUUUAUUUUGGCGAGUGCGCUUCAGGACCUAGGACUAGCAAAGCGCUUCCAAUGGGCCCGCGUCUACGUGGAGCAAAGGAUGAACGCGAGCCACCCGGGUUAUUCGGAAGGCCUUUGCGUUGAUUAUACCCGCGACUUGGAUGAAACCCUGGAGAACAUGGCGGAGGCUGUGGAGAAGUUUGCGGAAGUCGUCCAGAAACACUACUUGUGA